AGUUGGCAAGGCACCCAGCUGAUUUUUAUUAAAUGGUCGCUAUUAUAUCUAGAGCAUCUUUAAAACCAAAACAAUUUGUCAUGCUUAUCAGGUUAUACUGCUAUAAUACCAAAAAACAUCGACUUUAAAAUGGAGCAGGUCCAAUUGAAAGAGAAACCACAAUUAGAAGACGAGGACAUUCAAGUGGACGAUGCGGCUCAAGUUACAGAGGAGUAUCUAGUAAAAGAAGAAUACGAAAUUGACGAGGACUUUGGGAUUCAGGAGUUUGUGAUGGAAACCCCUCAACCACCUAUCAACCAAUUGGCCGAGAUCAGCCAACGGGUUCGGGCCUUAGAAAACGCAAUGGAGGCGAACACGAAGCAGCUGGCGGAGAACACGAAGCAGGUUGCAAAUAUGACGGCCUUGUUGGAGUUAUUUUUAUUCAAGGGGAAGGCGAAGGAUGUGGCUGUGGAAGUAAAGUUCCCAGUCGCAUCGGAAGAGGACCUUGUAGCUUUAGAGCUUAAAAUAAGCUCACAGUUAAAAGAACGAUACAUGGAAGCAAUAACAAAAAUCUUAAAGAGCAAGCAUUUGUCCAAGGCAAUCAAGGGCGUUUUGACGGAACCGCUCUUGUGCGCCUACAACAUAGACGGGCUUAACGGGAAGAAGUCUUUAAAAGCAUUUCCCAAAUUCUUUUCCGUUCUGAUUGAUAGCAUAAGCACAUUACCAGGCCAGCAGCCAGCGGAGAAGGCCUUGGCCCACGCACUGUCAUGUGCGAAAAAUAAUGCAAAUAAAAAAAGGAAAAAAUUAAUGGAAAUAAAAAAUUAAUAAAAAUUGAAUUUAAUUUUAA